GUAGUCGACAAACAAGAAAGCCAUUGAUAGCAAGACCAACGAAAUAUCAGAAACAAGGAAGUAGAAAAUUUACUACAACAUGAAGAAGUUGACGAUAAUCGCUCUAGCACUUGUGGUGUUGGCAGUAGGUGUGUUCGCAGCGCCUGGCAGUGGUGGAGGUAAAGGCGGGGAUAGUGGUAAAGCUGGUAAGGGUGGAGAUGACGGCAAAAGUGGCAAAGGUGGUGGCAAGAAUGGCGGUGACAGUGGCAGUUCUGAUAGCAGUAGCAGCAGUGAAAGCCAAGAAGAUAGUGGCAAAGGGGACAAAGGAAAUGGUGGGGGUGGAAAAGGAAAUGGUGGUGGUGGCAAGGAAAAGGACGACGGGAAUGGCAAGGAUGAUGGAAAAGGUAAAGGAGAUAAUAAACAUGAUGGCAAGGAAUAUGGAAAGGGCUACGGAUGGGGACGAUAAAUUUAGAACGAGUGAUAUUAAUAUCAGUAG